UGUUGUUGUAUAAUAUGAGAACUUGACGCUCGUCUCCCUGCAGAGACCCAGAAACACAGAAAGCUGAGAACAUCCGCCGGAGGAGACGAGACACGGGCUACGGGAGGACUGUGGCCGGGCGCAGGGACAGCUCCAGAACACACCACUAAAAUGGGAGUCGAAAUCGAGACUAUAACCCCGGGUGACGGUAAAACGACUGCACGAAAAGGAAGGACUUUCCCCAAAAAAGGACAGACGUGUGUGGUGCAUUAUGUUGGCUCCCUGACAGAUGGAACCAAGUUUGACUCAUCUCGUGAUAGGGACAAGCCUUUCAGAUUCAAGAUCGGGAAGCAGGAAGUCAUUCGAGGCUGGGAAGAAGGUGUAGUGCAGAUGAGUGUUGGACAAAGGGCUAAGCUAACCUGCUCGCCUGACUAUGCUUAUGGAAACAAAGGCCACCCGGGCAUCAUCCCUCCUAACGCCACCCUAAUCUUUGACGUUGAGCUGCUGGGGUUGGAAUGAAAAAAAUGCGCAGCCUGUUUUUGUGUUGUGUGACUUCCUACCUGGGUGACCUGGAGAGAAGAUAGGAAGGUCUGCACUUGAUUCUAUAAAGAGGCUUGAGUCUAUAGUUCCACUGCUUAUUUCAUCCAGCUAUGACAGUUUGUUUGUGACUGAGUUAAUUAUAUUUUUCCAUCACAUCCUUCUUCCUAAACAGUAUGACCUUACAAACCUGUGUUCUUAAUCUUGAAUUAGUUUUAAAAUUGUGCUUUCCUUUGUCUUUUUUUUUGAAGUGUUGGUUGUGCAUGGUUACCCUGAGAAGUGCAAGAUAUCAAUGAACCAUUCAGUGACAGUCAUCUCUGAGGAGUCAUGUGUACCACUAUUAUAUUGUUUGAAAGCUGGUGCUUCAUAUAUCAUAGAAACAAACGUACAAAGAGAAAAUGAAAAGCACACAUUUGCAUCAUAUCCAGCUUAAAAUCAGAAAAAGAAAUGUUUGUGUUAGAGAGUUAAGGCUUCAAGUAUGAUUUUGAGACUACCUGUAGUGAGAUGUCAAGACAUGGGAGGCCUUAAUGGUGCAGCACAGGAAGUGAGUUUGCUACAUUUCUCUAUAGUACCACAGCAUUUUCCUUUUCAUUGAGAUUGUUAACAGAAGUGGGAGCUCUGGAGGGGUAACUGGUGCAAUGGAGAAUCAUUCAGUUGUAGAUAUGGUAUCUUUAAUGUGUGCCUAAAUAUUAUCAACAGACAGAUGGUUACUACCGGUCUGCAUGUUCUAGGCCCGAUGGAACUGAGUGCAUACACUUUGAAAGCUUUGCAUCCGAUUAGCGUUAAUGUUGCCUUCUCAUCUGCCAAAUCUUUAAACCCCAUUUAAAGCCAUACACAGGUAGAACAGUGCAAAGGUGGGAUUGGCUGUGACGAAUAUCAUUGGAGUUUAUUUAUUGCUUAGAAAAAGGGAAAUCCUUGAAAUGAACAAAAAGGGGGUGGAGGAAUCAAACUGUGACCUCCCCCAACCUUAUUUUGUGUAACAGCCUGUAUUUUUCUGAUGCCAGCUUUCUAUCUCUAAGAAUUAACAAAGCCGAUGUAUUAUCAAUGAUGUUAGAUAAUGUUUUUCUUUUUGCUGCUGUUUUUUUUUUUUUUUUUUUUGCCUAACUGAAGUCUGUUGUGGCAGAAGAGAAAUGCUGACACAUCCUAGUGGUUUUGUAUCUCAAAUAAAUAGUUUUAAAUGGAGUUUAAAUGAGGAAUUCACUGGUCUGGCUGUCAGAUAUUGACCUUGUGUGUCGAUGUUACAUAUUAGCCAAUCUGCAAACUGGUGUGGCAGCAGUCCUCCUCUGUACUGUGUAGUUAUGUGUAGAUACGUUACUGUAUGCAGGCUAAACCGAUGAUGACAUAUUUAAAAUAAAUAAAGUGCUUUCCAGCAGCCUGUGGAGGUGUUUUCUCACUACUGCCAUAGUAGUACAUAUUUUAUUUUAUUAAGAUCUUAUCUUUUACAUGAAUGAAGCAGUGAUGGUGUGAUUCUUUGUGCUGAAUUUUUAAAUGCUACUUUUAAGUUGAUAUAAAUAGCUAUAUGUGGAAUUAUUGUUAGAGUUUAGCUUUAAAACAGUCAGAAAAAAUUAUUAGGUGCUCUUCCUACUUUGAUUUAAAGCAUAUAUAUUGUAAACAGUAAAAAUGUAUGUAUCUGACAGGUAUAGUUAGCAGUUACAUUGCAGAUUAAGGGAGGCAGACAGGAAAUGAGUGGAGGUACAGUAGGUUUCAGAUGCAGUCUGAGCUGGAAUCGAAGGGGGGACAUGCAGUGUGCACCUUGACUGUCCAGCUAUCAGAAUGACCCCAUAGAUAAAGAUUUUACAUUAAAAAAUUAACUCAUUAACAUAGAAAGUAGCUGAAAUUAUUGUAGCUGCUUAUGAUUGACUCCAUUAAAAUACUGCUCACAUAUCAGUGCAUCUGUAUUUAAUACUACACAAUGUUCACUUUUAU